AUGCCACCUGUGGAAAUAACUUUUGCAUGGCCCACGAGCCUCAAUGAGAUCCCCGAGUCUCUAAUAAAGUUACAUCAUCAAGUAGAGUUAUACAUUCUCAUUAAUUAUUAUGCCUCAAAUGACUUGUUGUGGGGAUCGAUCUUCCUUAUACGAGACCUCACGUUUAUCUACAUUGUCUACUCGUACUUUACUAGAACACUCAGGCGAGUUCGUGGAUAUGGACCAGUUGGAUCGUUAAAGAGACUAUACACCAAAACUUCAGUUGCAAUUUCGUCCAGAGUUAUGUCUUUACCAUUCAUAAGAAACAAAAUCGAUAAAGAAUUGAAUUCUACAAUCAAAAUGAUCGAGAAGGAGUUGAUGAAAAAUAGUGAUGAUUUGCAACAAUUCAAAGAAUUACCUUUACAUGGACUCUCGCAUGAUGAUGUUUCGUCAGAGUUGGUCAAACUCCAGGACUUGAAACAUUCCGAUUGGACAAAUGGUAGAGUUAGUGGCGCAGUGUACCAUGGCGGUGACACAUUGUUGAAAUUGCAACUGGAGGCGUAUCACCAAUAUAGCGUUGCUAAUCAGUUGCAUCCGGAUGUUUUUCCCGGCGUGAGGAAAAUGGAGGCUGAAGUAGUUGCAAUGGUUUUGGAAAUUUUCAAUGCACCUGAUGGCGCAUGUGGGUCAACUACAUCUGGUGGGACUGAGUCCUUGUUAUUGACUGGAUUGGCAGCUAGAGAAUACGGAAGAAAAUAUAAGGGUAUUGUCAAACCCGAAGUUAUUGCACCCGUAACCAUUCAUGCUGGUAUUGAGAAAGCCUGCUAUUACUUUGGCAUGAAACUCCACAAGGUUGACUUGGAUCCAAAGACUUUUCAAGUCAAUUUGAGCAAAGUCAGGAAAUUGAUCAACAAAAACACUGUUUUGCUCUGUGGGUCUGCACCAAACUAUCCACACGGUAUAAUUGAUGAUAUUGAAGGUUUGUCCAAACUAGCUGUAAAAUACAAGAUCCCAUUGCACGUUGAUGCAUGUCUUGGCUCAUUUAUUGUUUCCUUUUUGGAGUCAUCCAAAGUUCAUGGCGAUAAGAAGCUACCAUUAUUUGACUUUAGGUUACCCGGAGUCACGUCCAUCUCGUGUGACACGCACAAGUAUGGCUUUGCACCAAAAGGCUCAUCCAUUAUAAUGUACCGUAGUCCAAAGUUGCGUGAGUGUCAAUAUUACAUUUCAAGUGAUUGGACUGGUGGUAUGUAUGGUUCCCCAACCUUGGCGGGAUCAAGGCCCGGUGCAUUGAUGGUUGGUUGCUGGGCCACUUUAGUCAAUAUAGGAAAAGAUGGCUACAGACAAAGCUGUUUUGAUAUUGUGCUGACAAUGUUGAAGGUGAAAAAGGCGAUUGAAAAAGACUCUACUUUAUCUGAAUAUCUUGAAAUUAUCGGGAACCCUAUUGGCUCCGUGGUAUCUUUUAAAGUCAAAACAAGCAAAAAGAAGGAGCUUUCUAUAUAUGAGUUGGGCGACUUAUUAACUAAAAAAGGUUGGCAUUUUGCAACAUUACAGAACCCGGCAGCAUUACACUUUGCAUUCACCAGAUUAACAACCCCAGUUGUCGAUGAAUUAAUUGAUGACCUUGUUGGCUGCACGAAGGAGGCAAUCGAGUUAACAAAAAAAACAGGAAAGAAACAAAGCGAUACCGCCGCAUUAUACGGUAUAGCAGGCAGUGUUCAUACUGCUGGAUUGGCAGAUAAAAUCAUAGUUGCAUUUUUAGAUACCUUGUAUAAAACAUAG